UCUAGUUUUAGGUCAUCUAUAAAAAUGAAUUCGUUUGCCUGGUAAUUUUAGUUUGUGGUGACCACCAGAAAGUAAAAUGACUGAAGAGUCGGCUGUUAAAGUUUGUGUUCGAGUCCGUCCGCUUAUUGCGAGGGAAGAAAGUGCUGGAUCGGAGAAUGCAGAGCCUGUCCAGCUGGUUUGGAGAGCUGAUAAGAAAUCAAUCCAUCAGAUUGAUGAUGGGAAUUCCACCAAGAGCUUUAGUUUUGAUCGAGUGUUCACUGCUGAAGAAACAACCAAUCAGCUCUACCUGGACAUUGCAAAGCCUCUGGUUGUUUCCACUGUUGAGGGAUACAACGGAACCAUAUUUGCUUAUGGACAAACUUCUUCUGGAAAGACUUUCACCAUGAUGGGGAGCAACCAUACUCCUGGAGUGAUACCUCUCGCUGUAGAAGAUGUCUUCCAAACCAUUAAAACUUGUCCGAAGAAGGAGUUCCUUCUCAGGGUGUCUUACAUGGAAAUCUACAACGAGACUGUCACCGAUCUGCUUGUUGACAGCUGGAAACGAAAACCACUGGAAGUCCGUGAGACAAUAAAUAAAAACAUCUAUGUGGCAGACCUGACGGAGGAACUGGUUACAUCUCCUGCACAAGCCCUAGCCUGGAUUCGAAAAGGAGAAAAGAACCGCCACUAUGGAAAAACAAAAAUGAACCAGCGGAGCAGCCGCUCACACACCAUUUUCCGAAUGAUCUUAGAGAGCCGAGAAAGGAGCGACCCAGCAUCAGGUGAAAAUGCGGAUGGAGCCAUUAUUGUGUCUCAUUUGAAUUUAGUUGAUCUGGCUGGAUCUGAGAGAGCGAGUCAAACAGGAGCUGAAGGCACACGUUUCAAAGAAGGUUGCAAUAUCAACCGCAGCCUGUUCACACUCGGCCAAGUGAUCAAGAAACUGACUGAUGAAAGCCAGAAGGGUUUCACCAACUACAGAGACAGUAAGCUAACCCGCAUCCUUCAAAACUCCUUGGGCGGCAACGCUAAAACAGUCAUCAUCUGUACCAUCACGCCUGUCACUCUAGAUGAGACCCUCAGCACUCUGCAGUUUGCCAGCACUGCAAAGAAAAUGAAGAACGACCCGCAUGUGACAGAGGUGUCUGAUGACGGGGCUCUGCUCAAAAGAUAUCGCAAUGAAAUCGUAGACCUCAAACGACGACUUCACGAGGUUUCUUCGAGGACGCAGACCACAGCGACUGAGAAGGAGGUUCUCGCCCAGCUGCUUCAAGAAAAGGAUCAGCUCCAGAGAGAACAAGAGGACAGGAUCAGAAACCUCACCAAACUUAUCGUCACCAGCUCCAACCUCGUUCCUGUUAAAAAGAUGCCUAAGCGCAGAGUUACGUGGGGAGGAAAGAUGCUCAGACUUGCCCGUCCAUCUGCCUGUGAUGGUGGCUCAUCUGACCUCAGCUUUGCAGAAUCUUUCACACGGAAGAGGAAAGCUGACCGCUCCUGUUUGAUGGAGCUGUGUGAAGACGAUGAGGACUUUGACUCUCACUGGGAGAUUCCUGAUGAGCCGUCAGAUGAAAUGGAGACGAGUCAGAGCUCUGUGACUGUCCGAAGCUUUGGAGACAGUCCCAAAGACUUUGUGUCUCCAGACCGGAUGCGUGAGCUUUCAGGGAAAGUGUCCAACCUGGAGCUGCAGCUGGAAAUGGAGCUUCAACAGAAGGAGGAGGCCAUGAGCCAGGUAGAAACAUUGGAUGGCAGAGUGGCAGAGCUACAGCUGCAGCUGCAAACAGAGGCCCAGCACAAACAGGAAGCCCUGGAGAAAAUACAGACAGCAGAACAGAGGGCUGCAGAGCUGGAGCUGCAGCAACAAACAGAAGCUCAGCAGAAACUGGAAGCCAUGGAGAAGGUGGUGAUGCUGGAGUUGAGAGUGGCAGACCUGGAGAGACAGCUGGGAGAGCACACUCAGACUGAAGAGCAGAUGAGAAGAGAGUUUGCAGACACCGUCCAGCUGUGUGAAACUCUGGCUUCAGAGAAGGACAUGGUGGUUACUGAGCGAGAAUAUCUGAAAGAAGAGCUGGGGAUGUUCAUAGAGCAGACUGAAAGUCUGGAGAAAGAGAAGGCUACUCUGUUACAGGAGCUGGAGGAGAAGACCGAGAUGGAUGAAUUCAAAACCCUGGAGGAGGAGUUCAGAAAGGAGCAUGAGAACAAGUUGCAAAAUGAAAUAUCCAGCCUGAAGAAGGCCAUCGAAUCCUCUGAACUCCAAUGCCAGGAGCUCCAGAAAAAACUGGAAACCCUGUCUGAGGAGCUAAAGAAGAAAACUGAAUUUGCAGAGGAACUUCAGAGUAUGAGCGGCAAGGACCUGGUGCAGGAGGUGACAAAGCUCCGUCGCUCCCUGGAUGAUGCAGAGGGAGUCAGCAGAGACACGAAGAAGGAGUGGGCUGUCCUGCGCAGUCAGAGCAUAGCUCUGGAAGAGAUGAAUGUGACCCUGAGUGCCAACCAUAAGAAGAUGGAGGCUGAGGUAAACAGCCUGCGUUUUCAACUUGAGACAGAGAAGUCAAACUACAGGAAGAUGCAGAGCGACCUCCAAAAAGAGCUGAACGUUGCCUUUGAUGAGAACACCAAGCUCACCUCUCUGCUAGAUGGCAAAGUUCCAAAGAAUCUGAUAGACAGUGUGGAACUUGAGAAAACAGUGACCAAUCUGAAUAAAGAGCUGACAGCAUCUCGAGAAACAGAGGGAGCUCUCCGAGCUCAGCUGGAGGAGCUGGCUUCCUUUCAGACUCUUCCAGAUAAGGUGGACAACUUGAUGAAGCAGGUUUGUGAGUUGACCGAGGAGUUGUGUACGGCUCAGACUGAGAGGGACGGCCUGCUCUCAGCCCAAGCUCAGUGUCAGGAGGAGGCUCAGCAGCUCAGAGACUCCCUGCAGACAUCUCAGGAUGAGAUUCUGAAAAUCCAAGCAGACCUUAGCGCCGCUGCUCAGAGGGAGACGGAGCUGAGUCAGCAGUGUGCGGAUUUAGCACAGCAGCUGGAUUCACUUCACGCAGACCUGGAGCGCUCUAAUGCUGAGAGGAGUCAGCUCAUGGCGAGCAUUGAAGAGAAAGGCUUGAAACUUGAGGAGCAGGACCAGCAUAGUGCAUCACUGGUGGAGAAACUGAAUGAGAUGCAGCAGCUGAUAAAAGAUUUGGAGGAGAAGCUUGCUGACAGUGAGGUUUCCAGAACCACAGAGGAGGAGAUCAGCAAAGAACUUCAAGAACAACUGAACCAGCUGACUGAAGAGCUUCGGUGUGUGCGAGCGGAGAAAGAAGCUCUCCUGUCUGAGCAGAAUGCUGGUGCUCAGAGCUCUGCAGAGGAGAUGGAGAAGCUUCUCUCUACAGUCACAUCUCUGACUGCAGAGAGAGACCAGCUCAAGAUGGACCUGCAGCAGAAGGAGGACAUGAUGUCGAGCCUGUCACAGGAGCUUCAGUGUGUGCGAGCGGAGAAAGAAGCUCUCCAGUCUGAGCAGAAUGCUGGGGCUCAGGGCUCUGCAGAGGAGAUGGAGAAGCUGCUGUCAUCAGUCACAUCUCUGACUGCAGAGAGAGACCAGCUCAAGAUGGACCUGCAGGAAAAUGUGGAGAUGAUGAUUGAGAAUCAGGAGGAGCUGAGGACAACUCUGGAGAAGAACCGUGAACAGAAGGAGAGGAUCAGACAGUUGGAGUCUGCACAAACAUCCGAACAGGUUGCAGAGGCUCAGUGUCUCCUACAUUCCCUCCAAGAGGAGCUACAGGAGCAGAAACAGAAGAACUCAGAGCUGGUCAAACUGUGUGAACAGAACGAAUCGGACUCACAGCAGCAGUCAAAGACUCUGACGGAGGAGCUUGAGAGUGUGCGAGCAGAGAGGGACGCCCUGUUGUUCGAGAAGGAGAGCAGCUGUCAGAGCGCCACAGAGGAGAUGGAGAAGCUGCUGUGCAGAGUGACGUCUCUCAGUGAGGAGAGAGAUCAGCUGCAGGAGAUACUGGAGGGACUGAGACAGGAGAAGAACCAGCUCAAAGCAGAACUGGAGGACAGGAUGGAGACGGCUACAGACAUUCACAACCUUCAACCACUUCAAGAGCAGAAUCAAACGGAAAAUCUAAGCCAAGAGAGGCAAUCUCAGCUAGAAGAAGAGGUUGCAGAGGCUCAGUGUCUCCUACAUUCCCUCCAAGAGGAGCUACAGGAGCAGAAACAGAAGAACUCAGAGCUGGUCAAACUGUGUGAACAGAACGAAUCGGACUCACAGCAGCAGUCAAAGACUCUGACGGAGGAGCUUGAGAGUGUGCGAGCAGAGAGGGACGCCCUGUUGUUUGAGAAGGAGAGCAGCUGUCAGAGCUCCACAGAGGAGAUGGAGAAGCUGCUGUGCAGAGUGACGUCUCUCAGUGAGGAGAGAGAUCAGCUGCAGGAGAUACUGGAGGGACUGAGACAGGAGAAGAACCAGCUCAAAGCAGAACUGGAGGACAGGAUGGAGACGUGUGAGUUACAGCAGCAGCUCAGCUCUGAGCAGGAGGCUCAGCGACUUCUACAGAACCAACAGCUGGAGAUGGAUCUGGAGAAGAGCAAGGAGGAGGUGAGCCAGUUGAAGUCUGACCUUCAGGAGAAUGUAGAACUGAUGAUCGAGAACCAGGAGGAGCUGAGGGUGUCUCAGGAGAAGAUCAGAGUUCUCCAGGAUGAGAUUAACAUUCUGCAGAGUCAGAAGGCAGAGCUGGAAAGCAGACCGAGCAGAGGGAGUGAUGGAGAGAGUACUCUCCAGAUACAAGAGCUUCAGAAUCAGAUUCAGACUCUGGCUGAGGAGCUUGAGAGUGUGCGAGCAGAGAGAGACGGUCUGCUGUCUGAGAGGACAGCCAACACUAAGAGGUCCCAGGAGGAGAUGGAGAAGCUGCUGUGCAGAGUGACGUCUCUCAGUGAGGAGAGAGAUCAGCUGCAGGAGAUACUGGAGGGACUGAGACAGGAGAAGAACCAGCUCAGGGCAGAGCUGGAGGACAGGAUGGAAACACUACAGAGUGAGAUAGCACAGCUGAAUGCAUCUCUACAGACUGUUACUGUGCAGAAGAAACAGCUGGAAGAUGAUCUGCAGCAGAAGCUGAACAUGGCAUCCACAACACAAGAGCUUCUACAGUCAGUGCAAGAGGAGCUGCGUGAACAGAAGCAGAUGACCUCUGAUCUGCAGAGGCUGAGUGAGGAGAAGGAGUCUUCUUUAGACCAACAGAUGAGGACUCUAACAGAAAAACUGGAGAAGAUUGAAGCAGAGAGAGACGGUCUGCUCUCUGAGAAGGAGAGCAGCUGUCAGAGCUCCACAGAGGAGAUGGAGAAGCUGCUGUGCAGAGUGACGUCUCUCAGUGAGGAGAGAGAUCAGCUGCAGGAGAUACUGGAGGGACUGAGACAGGAGAAGCAGCAGCUCAGGGCAGAACUGGAGGACAGGAUGGAGAUGAUCUCAGCCAUCCAGGAGAAACUGAGCGAGCAGGAGCAGCUGAACGUGCAGCAGCAGUCUGAGAGAGAAGAACACAAGGCCAGGCUGCAACAGGAAGUGCAGCAGAUGGAGGAGCAGCUCCAAAUGUACAGGGAGAGACAAACUAGUGCUAAAGCCGAAGCAGAUGCCUUACAGCAGGCCCUCAGUGAAGCCAACACAACCAUCUCAGCCCUCAGAGAGCAGCUGAGUAAUCUGAAUCAGGGCACCACUGGAGUCGAGGAGGCAGUGUCGCCGAGGUUACACGACUCCGCUGAGCAGCUUCAGAAGUCCUUCACAAGAUUCCAGCAGUUUAUAGACACUUGCUCCAAGUAUAACUCUGCAUCCAUGGACAAGGCUCUGAGAGCGCAGAGUUCCAUGAAUGACCAUCAUCUGACGUCUCUUCCAAAACCCACCAUGGACGCCUACACCACUAUCUGUCAGCUGGGACUGGAGACGGUUCAGAGUCUGGGGAACAUUAUAGCACGUCUACGGGCGCAAGCCCAAGCCUGCAAGCAUCUGUUUGAGGAGCUGGUGAAGAAAGAUUUGGCUGUUUUUGAGCAGAGGCAGCUGCAGGACGUGCUGCUGUGCCGAGCGCAGGCACCCAGCUACUCUGUCAGAGACGAGGGCUUCCACGUACUGCGGGAGAACAGACUGACUGAGCUGCUGAGCAAGAGGCAGCUCUACCAGCAGAAAAUGGCCAGCAUUUUGGAGACGCUCUGGGCCAACAUGGCUUCUUAUCCCAGAGAACUGUCAGCUGAGAUCACAGAGAGAGAGAAGUUCAAGGAGCAGCUGCAGGCCGUGCUCACCGCCCAGCCAAUCAGCUUCAGCGCGCUCGACGGCAUCCUGAGCCGUGAGCUAGACCGCAGGUCUGCAGUGGCUCACAGGAAGAAGAUGACUCUGCAGGGCAUCAAUGAUGAGCAGAGUGCUCUGAUUGAAGAGUUGAAGCUGCUGGAGGCUCAGGCUGAUUCUCAGCUCAGAGAGGAGAAAAGCAAAAGUUCCACUCUGCUGCAGGCUCUGGAGGGAGCUCCUCCGAAAACAGAGCUCUCCCUGCUGAAGGACAACCAGCAGCUUGUUGUUCAGCUCCAGCAAACUGAAGAAAAAGUCGAAGCUCUACGUAUACAAAAUGAGCAGCUGGAGGAGGCUCAGGCCAAAGCCAACCACAGGGUGUCCAAUCAUAAGCAGGCCACCCAGCUCCUGCAGACAGAGCUGCAGGACAGCCGUGCACAGAUUGAGGAGAAAGAGAACGUGAUCCAAACGCUCAGGAACAAACUGCGGGAGUCUGAGAAAAAUGCAACACCCAGUGCUGCUGAGCUGGAAAUACUCCAGACUAAACUGUUCAAAAUGGAGGUGGAGCUGAGUUCAGCAUCUGACAAACACCAACAAGAGAUCCAGAGGAUGACCACAGUGCUGAAGGAAAAGGAAGAUUCACUGAGGAAGCUGAGGGAGACUCUGAGGAGAUCACAACAGCAAGGAGAGGAGUCAUUCCUGCAGGGUGAAGACCUUCAUGCUAAACUGACCAACCCCAGGGGUUUGAUGAUCAAGAGCAGCAUUCUGGUGGAGAAGACCAAACUGGAGGAAGAAGUCAAAGAGCUUCAACUGAAAAUAACUCAGCUGGAAAGCUUGGUGUCCACUCAGCAGGCAGAGAUCAGCAAGUGGAAGAGCAGAGCCAUCAAGCUGAAGGCAAAGGGCACAGUUGAAGUGGACAAGCCUUCAUCAACCUGCACUCCCACCAAGAGGGGCCUUCCAAUGUCCCUAGAGUCUCCCAGGAAGCUGUUGGACUCUCCAAAGGUCCCUCUGCUCGACUCGCCCAAAAGCAGAUUCUUUGAUGUGGGGGGCAGCUCAGAGCUGCUGUCCAGAUCCUGUCCCAAGCAAUUCUUUGAUAACUCUAGCCUCGGCACCAUUCCAGAGGUUUCACAUGCUCCUGAUACGCCAGAUGCAGAGAUGGAUGCUGCUGCAGGUGCAUCCAAAAAGGAGGAGUGGUGGCCUCAGUCUACAAAUCAAGAGGAUAUGUGCAGAACCCAGUAAAACGUAUCACGUGCAAUAUUUCUAAAUGGCUUUGUCUUUUCAUUAUUUCUGGCUUUUAUUGUUUGUUUGUUUUUUUCAUGUUUUUCUUUGUUCAUUUUAUCCUACACUUUUAAUAAACCUUCUCUUUAUUGACUCUC